AGAGGAGGCAAUUUGGCACGUCGCUAGCGCGCGCGAGCGGACGACUGCGCGCGUUUGCGCGCUGCAGUGGUCAAACGCGGUCGCAGAGGAGCCAAAUCUAACAGCUCAAAACGCCGACGACGCGCACAGACACAGAGCAACACACUGCUCUCAAUGGCGGCGAUGGACCUUGUUACCGCGCUCCCGAUAGAACGCAACGCGACCGAGUGCUCCUGGACGCAGCGAAGUAGCUACGCCCAGGGCGACCUGCACGAGGACCUCGUCGCUGAUAUCAGUGACGCGGUGCCGAUCAACGCGGCCCCGGACGUGGAAGUACGUACUAUUGCGAUCGUCGGGGACCGAAAUGCGGGAAAAACGACGCUGCUCCACGCGUUGAUCAACGAGCACGACCGCGACUGGCUGCGCGUGUCCUCGUUGCUACCGAUCGUGGCUGGCGUGUUCGAGAAUAGGAGGUACGGCGGUGGCCCUUGCUCUCCAGAAAGACCGCCCGUCGCCGAGCCGCCGUAUCUCGAUACGGACGUCGCGUCGUGUACGGCUCUGCUAUCCGCAGAAGAUUUUAGAUUUCUAUGUUCGGAGUUUGAAGGAAUUGAGCCCUGUUCUGCUACUUCCGCAUAUGUGGCGUUGAGACUUGUGGAGGUCGGCGGCGACCACCUCGAGGCUCUCGUUGGUCAGGCGACGCCGACGCAGUUACCGCUCCUCGAAGCGGCGCUAGAACGGUCGAAGAGUGUACUCGCGAAAGCCGACGCCCAUGCGUAUUUCUUGAACGCCAAAUCACUAGUUGAGGAAGGUGAUGCUCCUGCUAAACUAGCGCAACGAAUCGACUGGCUGCGGGCCUUGUCGGGGGACGCGAAGGUGUCCCUGUACGUCUCGAGGGAGCCCGAUCAGGUGGAUAUCGCGAAGAUCAUCGACGCGCUGCCUCCCUGUUCCGUGGAAGAGGCCGAGGAGGUUCGGUUUGAGGAUAACGAUGAUGACGACGACGACGCGGAGAGGCGCGCGGUCCUCGCGGCGCUGCGGAGGGAUACGCAGGCGACGCCGCUGUGUCGAGCGCUGAAAGAGCGGUUGCCGGUCGUGUCCGCGCGGUCGGUGCACCACGUGCGCCCGGGCCACGGCGCCUCCAGUAAAGUCGACGCGGCGGGGCUCGUGGCGUUGGUCGUCAGUCUACUGAGACGACGACGCCAGGUCCCGGACGAGGACGCUUCACAACGCUACUUCGCGCGCCACGUGACGGAGUGCUGCGCGAUGGCGGCGACCACGGUCGAGGACGGCGUCAACGACCCGUGGGUCGACGCGCGGCGGUUUGGGGACUUUGUGGGGGCUCGUGAUGGCGGCAAUAGUUGUUGCGGCAACGCGAGCGUGGCUGUGGCCGCGGCGCCGGCGUCGCGGCGCUUCGGGGACGUGGCCGCGGGAUUAUGUGAGCGCGGCGUCCUCGUGCGCCACGCGAAGCACGGCCACGCCGCCGUGGUCGUUUGUGGAGAGGGUUUUACAUUAGUACCGCCCUCGCAAGGCUGCAAACGGGCGGCUUCGGCCAUGGACGUGGAUCAGCCGAUGGAGAUUCCCGGCGUCGCGGCCCCGGCCGCGUCUGAUACGUUGUUCUGCCGCGCGCCGUUUUCUCCAUCAUUAAGACGCGUCGUUCGCAAGGCGACGGAGCACGGCCUCGUCGCGGGUCCUUCUGAUGACUUGCCGGCGGCUUUGAGACCCGCGCUCGCCGACGCGAUCGCCGCGCUCGACCGCGACCUCGCGGGCGCGUUGGCUGCGCUGGACGCGUCGAGGCCGGCGUCGCUGCGUCGGGUGUUGUGGUACGCUGAAGAAAGGCUAGCGGCGGCGCGCCUCGCCGGGCAUAGUGGUGACGUGGAGGUAGCCGUUGGCGCUUUGCCGGUGCAGGCGUUGGCGCACUAUUCUUCCGCUGGUGUUUCCGAUUCGGCUUGGGGGGUGGUCAGGGUUAAGAGUUGUUAGAUUGUU